AUGGCGGCGUCCGGGCAGUGUCCCCGCCCCUGCCAGCGGGAGGGCCGUGUCCGCCGCUCCGAGCCGGGAGCGACCUCCAAGGGUGCCCAGCGGGACACGCGCCUGGGGCACAGCAGGGCGUCACGGCAUGAGGGGACUGCGGUGUCCUCACUGGGAGAUGAGCGUGAGCGAGCCCGGCCGGGCAGACGCGGGAGGCCGUCGUGCAGGGCCCCAGGCCAGCCGGCCCCGGGAGGCUCCUGCUGCCUUCCGGGCCAAGAGCCAUCGCGCAGCCCCCAGUGCGGGCCGGGCCUGGCGGGUCAGCUGCAGCGUGGGCUUCCGUGUCCUCACGCCGCUGUCCCUGGGCGCGGUGGGGAGCCCCGACCGGGAUUCAGGCCAAAACCUCCCUUUCCGCAGAAGAGCGAGUUCCACAAGCUGGCGGACGCGAAGGUGUUUCUGAGCGACUGCCUGGCCUGCGACAGCUGCGUGACCGCAGAGGAGGGCGCCCGGCUCGCCCAGCAGAACGCCGAGGACUUCUCCCGAGUCCUGAGCCUGAACCAGACACCCAGGCUCGCCAGCGGGACUGGCCUAAGCCGCCCGGUCCUCUCCCCGCACGGAGGCGCUGGCGCCCUGACGGCCGCCUCCCCCCCAGGAACCCGACGCCUCGCAGCACAAGGUGCUGGCAGUGUCCGUGUGCCCCCAGGCCCUGCCGUACUUCGCUGCCAAGUUCAGCCUCAGCGUGGCCGACGCGUCCCGGAGACUCUGUGGCUUCCUCAAGAGCCUGGGUGAGCGGCGCCGCCCGAG